CAGUAGUAAAAAAUGCUGAAAAAGUGACGAAAAAUCAAGAAAAAAAUGAUCUACUGACUGAUUCUUGUUUGGUUUAAAUUAAUUUUGAUUCAAUCAUAGCUAAUCAUAAUUGUUGUUCGUGACGACUAUGUGAAUAUCCACCCGCCAUAUCUGAGCUAUUCGUGCACGCCGAUCGCGUGUUCCGCAAGGCUUUCGUGUUUCCUCAGACGCGUUAUUUAUUAAAAAUGAAGAUAAAUGAGAAGAAUUUAUCCGCUUUCGCGUCGUCUGCGACUCCGGUGGACCGCGACGGCUGGCUGGACAUGCGGGGCGAGAUCGGCAAGAGCUACCAGAAGCGCUGGUUCACGCUCAAAGGGAACCUGCUGUUUUACUUCGACAAAAAGGGCGACAAGGAACCUAUAGGGGUCAUUAUACUGGAAGGGUGCACUAUUGAAUUAACAGAAGAAGAGGCGUACAGCUUCAAAAUAGUGUUCCAGUGCGAGGGCGGGCGAACCUACUACCUGUGCACCAACUCGCAGGCCUCCAUGGAGACGUGGAUGAAGGCGCUGGCCUGCGCCAGCUACGACUACAUGAAGCUGAUGGUCGCCGAGCUGCAGCGACAGCUGGAUGAGGCUCAAGCGGAGGCAGCGGCAGAAGCGGCCGCUCUGGUGACCAUCACGCCGCCGGAGGAGGAACCUAAAGCACCUCCUAGAGGGCAGCGCUACAACCCCUUUAAUAGAGGCCUGGAGACCGAGGGCAAGGCCGUGCCGGGCAGCCGACAUCACAAAGAGAACCUUCGGCCCGAUGUGCCCCGUAAGAAAGUGCCGUUCCGCGACAUCCACACGUCCUACGGCCGCCGCAUACUGGCCGACCGGAACGAGUGGCGAGCCAAGAUAAUGAAGACCAAAACUGAGUCCGACAAGCCUCUAAUACAGCUGUAGAGUAAGUUGACUGUGCGACGGGGCGGCCGCAGUGAGUGUGCGAGCGCGACAGCAAUAUAAUUACGCGCGCGCGAGCGAUAAGGAUGGGUAGCCUGGAGUCAUUGGCGAAAUUAUAUGUGUUCGGCGACCGAACUUUAGUUUAUUUUGUUUAGUACAUAUCAGAUUGAUUUUGGAAUUAGGUCGCAUGUGUAGCGGUCGAUUUAAUCCAUAAGAUAGGAAAUCAGGAUCACCAUUUUUGUGUUCAAAUAAAUCCUGACAAAAUAGGUUAUUAUCAUAAUAUACAUAAUAUUCUAUAGUCAUAUACAUUUUGUGAAAUAAAAAUCAUAAGUUCAUUUUAAAAGUGUUUGUUAUAAUUAAGUUUUAUUAAUUACAUUGGGCGCGUUUGGCCGAAAAUAGAAUUUGUAAUAAAUUGUAAGCAAAGUGGUGAUUACUAUAGCAACUGCCGAAAACUUUAGCCUAUUUUUGGCGAGGACACGUUUGCUAACUUCAAUAGUGACGUUUUUCAUACAUUUUUUUAGCAUUGAUAGCACUUACCGCUUAGUGAUCGCCAUUUUUCUUAUAAUCGCUUACAAUUCUAUUUUCGGCCAAACGCACGCAUUGAUUAUCGUUUUUCUAUUUUAAAACUUAUUGCUUUUUGUAUUCAACAACUUGCCUUAACAAUGUUUACGCUUAGUAAUUUGUAAAUAAAACGAGAAUAUUGUAUUAAGUAGUUUAUUGUAAAAAUCUUUGUUACAUAAACAAACAGUUUAACGUCAACUGAUACAAAGGGAGAGCCGACACUAGUGAACAGAGUGCUUAGUGCGAGUUUGAGACUCUCGUGUUGAAGUAAACGAGAGGCGCUAUCUGGUGGUGAGUGAAAGAAACACUCUUUCUAAACAGUUUUUUCUCAAAAGUGUAACGUUUUUAUAUCCAUCUCGCUCCCACUAGGCACCCUGCGCCUGCGCGCGAUGCGACCCACAGUUUUGGUAUACAUGUUCAAACGCAACUAGACAACAUUGAGCAAUACGAUACAUAACUAUACAUGCCCCUAGCUCACGGCGCGACGCGAGUGACACUCUAUACACAACAAAGUGAGUUAAUACAAAACUUGUGGAAGACAGAGUCGAAUGCCCAGCUAGAAAUAUGGUAACGAGAUAACACGAUGACACAAGGAAUAGGUACCGGUGAUAAACAC